AUGACGCUACCGUGCUAUAACUUCUACACCGUACCUACAAUACGAACGCGUCCUAGUUAUAGGGAGAAGUGCCCCAUGGAGAAAAAAGGCUGGGCAGCUGUGGGUGUGCUUAGACACAUCCCUCAGGCACAACUGGACACAUCAAAACUCUGCUCAGAAGAAAGAGAGGUGGUUGCGGUGCGCCUUAAAAAUGGCAAGCAGCGACUUGUGGUGGCCUCAGUCUACAUUAGACCUAAGGCCAAACCAGAAGAAGGAGAAACAAAAAGCUGGAUCCGCGAUCUGUCAGAGCUGGCCGAUAAAGAUCAGCUGGUCAUCGGAGGUGAUUUUAAUGCUCAACAUAGGAAUUGGGGUUACCGUAUUAACACCAGGAAGGGUAGGGACAUCGUCGAAGCCAUGGAGGAGAUUGGGCUCACACUACAAAACGAAAGUGGUGUUAAGACCAGGCUAGCCAAGCAAGCCCGGCAACAUGACACCACUCCUGACCUAACGUGGGCCUCAAAGUCCCUGCCUAUCCGAUGGACUCCAUGGAGGGACAAUCUAGGCAGCGAUCACUACCCCAUAGAUGUUACCGUAGAGCAGCAUAAGGACGGCAGGACCAAAGAAGCACGACCGAUCAUCCGAUGGGACCACUUCAGGGAGAUACUACUACAGAACCUUGACGAGAAAAGCAGCAUUGAGGCAAGCAUCCAGCAGGCGAUGUCAAAGGCUAGAACCACAGUCAUGGUCAAGCCUGGAGACCCAACACCAGACAUGCACCUCUUAAACUUGUGGGCUAGCAGACUGCAGGCCUUGCAACGUUUCAGAAGGAAUAGAACCGCACGACACAAGGUUAAGCUCAAUCUAGCGUCGGCAAGAGCAACCAGGUACAGCAAAGAACUCAGCCGACACAAGUGGAGGUCUCACUGCGAGUCCUUUAAUGCAAGAACCGGACUCGGCAAGGCCUGGCGCACGUACCGCGGCAUGGAAGCGAAGAAAAGACGCACAAGAAAUGCAGCGCAGAAUCUUGCACUUCGAUUAAACAUAACGGAAGACGAGCUUGCCACCCAAGCCGCUCAGCUAUUCUUCCCUCGGGCAAACCUGCAUGACAGAACGAUGAGGCACAACCGGAGAGGUUGGAGGGUCCGCCCACCGAAAGAACCUGGCAUGGAUGAAGUGAUCAACAUGGGUGAGCUCCUAGAGGCACAAGGUGCCAAAGACUGUGGUAUGAGGGGUAAAACGCUUCGGUUUAUACGUAGCUUCCUCACAGACAGAAAGUUUCAAGUGAAAAUCGGAAAAACAAGGGGACCAGAGAUGUCCAACAGCAAGGGGGUCCCGCAAGGGGCUGUAAUAUCACCAACCCUCUUUAACAUGGUGAUGGCUGGUCUUCCAGCCAGACUCAGACGCGUUACGGGCCUUGGAUUUACUAUAUAUGCCGACGACAUCACCUUAUGGACAAAGGGAGGAGCAAUGGCUAACCAGGAACAAACCAUGCAGCAAGGGAUAGAUGAAGUCCUCGAGUAUCUCCAGAAUGUCGGCAUGCAAGCGUCGCCUGAAAAGACUCAAUUCAUGGUCGUGGCCAGGCCGAGAGAUCAUCGAAAAGGCGUCGCGGACCAAGUAGACUUACACAUCCAAGGACAGAAAAUAAAGAGAGAAAAGCAAAUAAAGAUACUCGGCGUGACGUUCGAAGAAACCGCCCGCAGUACGAAAUGGUUACCAGCUCUAGAAAAAUCAUGGGGACAGACUCUAAAGCUCGUGCGAAAGACGACAUCCAAGUCCUGGGGAGCCGAUGAAGACACAAUCAGGAUUUUGACAAACGCGCUACUAACGGCUAAGGCGCUAUAUAGCUGUAAUUGGCUCAACCUAACCAAAACGCAAUGGAAGCGAUUAGAACGACUAAAUCACCGCACCAUGAGACUUGUCACUGGACUUCCCAAUUAUACAGCCCUGGAAGACCUAAAGAAUAAUGCAGGAAUGAACCAGAUUCAAGACCGAGCGGAGGUGCAGAGCAUAGCGCACUUUCAAAGGCUUGAGAGAACGAACCACGGCAGAAAGCUACUUGAAAUCAUGGGCUACGAGGCAGAGGGGAGACCUCCAUUGGAAGACCCAGCACCACCGUGGCAAGACACAAACAUCGUUGAUCAUCGACCCCUGCCCAGGACGCAUAACCAAGGACGCAGAGCACGAGCGGCAACACAACACGCUAAGUGGUGCGACGAACACGCGCACGGAGAGGAAAUCAGAUACACGGACGCAUCCAAGACUGACAUAACCACGGUCACGGCUUGGAUCGACCCCAAGACAGGGAGAGAAAGCACCACGAGACUACCGGAGAACUCCUCCGUGCGUGAAGCAGAACUCAGGGCAAUCCUUGAAGCGACCAUCGAUAUACUGAAAAAUACGGAAGGACCAAGGAGAGCGAGAAUUUUUACUGAUUCACAAGAAGCACUCCGGGCGUGUCGAGACAGCAAACCCAAAAGCAGAACGGCCAAGAGAAUUAAAGCGAUUGCCAGAGAGCUAAAAGCGAAGGGCAUCGUGCUGACAUUAGAGUGGAUUCCGGGCCAUGCGCAGAUUCCCGGGAACGAGUGGGCUCACCGAGUCGCAGCGGAGGCAGCCAGCAGCAACAGCUCCGCGACAGGCUCAACCACUCGGGAGGACAACGAGGAAACGGAAGACCCUAUGGAGCAGGCCGCACUGGCAAGACAAGCUAGGAAAGCCUACCUCAGGGGACUCGUACCGACAGAAGAAGACCCACUACCAAAUGGAUAUCGAAGAUGGGAAGCGACCAGACUUCGGAGAAUCAGAACCGGCACUGCACUAACGCCCGCCAAACUGGCAGCCUUUGGGCUACUGGAGGAAGAAGACCCUAUCUGCAAGGCCUGCAGAGAAAAUAAGGUGGCAGGUAUCAAGCACUUACUGUGGGAGUGCAAAGGCCUGGAAGCCCACAGAAAAACGGCGUGGGAAAAAUUACCCGCUCAGGACGAACCAAGGAGGCUUAGCGACUGGACUCACCCCAGAGGCCAGGAGCAGCACCGAAAGGCGAUCCUAGACUCCCUGGUUGAAUUCAUCAGGGAAUCUGGGGUUCAUCAAUUCAUUUAAUAGCACCAUAGUCAUCCACAUCCCCUCCUUAUAACCCUCCAUCCCCAC